AUGAAGCUCUCAUUAGCUCUCGCACUCGGUGCAACGGCUUCGACGGGGGUGUUGGCUGCCGUGGUACCGCAGCAAGAACCGCUGAUAACCCCUCAAGAUCCCCCCACUCAUCACCAUCAGGAGAAAUUCUUGAUCGAGCUGGCUCCCUAUCAGACGAGAUGGGUGACUGAGGAAGAGAAGUGGGACCUGAAACUGGAUGGCGUUAACUUCAUCGAUAUUACUGAAGAGCGAAACACCGGGUUCUACCCGACAUUGCAUGCCGGUAGCUAUGUUCACUAUCCGUCCACGAUGAAGCAUGCAGAGAAGGUGGUCCCCCUUCUGCGGGGUCUCUCUAAGGAUAAAAUGGAGCAAAAUCUCAACAAGUUCACCUCCUUUCACACUCGCUACUAUAGGUCGUCUACUGGUAUUGAGUCUGCAAAGUGGCUAUACAGUAGGGUUUCCGAUGUCAUUGAGCAGUCAGGUGCAGCGGAGUACGGCGCGACUGUGGAGCAGUUUGCUCACUCAUGGGGCCAAUUCAGUAUCAUUGCUCGCAUCCCAGGCCAGACCAACAAAACUGUCGUCCUGGGUGCCCAUCAGGACAGCAUCAACCUGUUCCUUCCCUCUAUCCUAGCGGCACCUGGUGCCGAUGAUGACGGAAGUGGAACCGUGACUAUCCUCGAAGCUUUGCGUGGUCUGCUGCAGUCAGACGCCAUUGUUCGGGGCAACGCUUCCAACACAAUCGAAUUCCACUGGUACUCGGCAGAGGAAGGUGGUAUGCUUGGUUCGCAGGCCAUCUUCUCUCAAUACAAGAGGGAUAAGCGUGACAUCAAGGCGAUGCUUCAACAGGAUAUGACUGGCUAUACUCAGGGAGCUCUGGACGCCGGUCGUCAAGAAGCCAUCGGGAUUAUGGUUGACUACGUUGAUGAGGGACUGACACAAUUCCUCAAGGAUGUCACUACUGAGUAUUGUGGUAUUGGCUACAUCGAAACCAGAUGUGGCUACGCCUGCUCGGACCACACAUCCGCAAGCAAAUAUGGCUAUCCCGCAGCUAUGGCGACGGAGUCCGAAAUGGAGAACAGUAACAAGAGGAUCCAUACGACUGAUGACAGCAUCCGGUAUCUAAGCUUCGAUCAUAUGCUGGAGCAUGCGAGGUUGACCCUUGGCUUCGCUUACGAGCUGGCUUUUGCUCCAUUCUAA